AAUCGGAAGAGCGACAAUCAGUGGGCCAAUGCAGCGUUCCGGAUGCCGAGAAUGCAGGCAAUCGUCGGGCCGGCUUCGAUUUGCAACCGGAUGAGAAGGCACCCAAUGGCUGUCCAGGUGCCCGAAGUCCUUGCCCACCCUCGUCGUCUGGUGGGGAUCACGGCGCGGCACUGAAGGAAGCGGCGUGCGUUGCUGCAAAACCUGAAGAGGGCAGCAAAACGACGGAGGGCGGCGCGGCGGCUGCAAUAACGCCCCACCACCGCUCGCUGGUGUCGUGGCACCGGGCCCAUUUGGAGUACGGCUGCGGCGCAAACCUGGACGACCUCUCCCUGGUGCACUGGAACCAAGAUGAGGCUUAUGGGGGCUUCGGGGGCCGGCACGCCAUGGCCAAGGGGGGGCUGGUGCAGGCCGUGAAUGGCAUCGUGCUGGACCAGGACGUCACUGUCACGCACGGAGAGGUGGUGUGCGGCGUGGAAUACGGAGAGCACGGGGUCAAGGUGUCCACGCGUUCGGGAAAAACCUUCCAGGCUGGCGUCGCCCUCAUCACCGUCCCCCUGGGCGUCCUGAAGGCCGACGCCAUCCAGUUCCAGCCCCCGCUGCCCCGAUGGAAACGCGGCGCCAUCUCCAACCUGGGCUUCGGCAACCUGAACAAGGUCGUCAUGGAGUUCGAGGCGCCAUUCUGGAACGCGGACCAGGACUACUUCGGCAUCGUGCCCGAGGAUGGCGGCCAGGCGGCCGGCUUCUGCUCGAUGUUCUGGGGCAUGCAGCGCGUGUGCGGGCGGCCCAUCCUCACGGGGCUGGUGUCCGGGAACGAGGCCGUGGCGGUGGAGAAGCUGCCCGACAGCGAGGCGGUGGCCCGCGCCAUGCGGCAGCUGCGGCGGCACUUCCCGUCCGCGCCGGACCCGCUGCGCCACCGGGUCACCCGCUGGGGCUCCGACCCCUUCGCCCGCGGCUGCUACACCUUUGUGCCGCCGGGCGCCAGCGGCCAGGACUACGACCGCCUGGCCGAGCCCGUGCUGGGCUUCGGGUACGGGCUGCUGUUCGCGGGGGAGCACACGGUGAAGGAGCACCCCGACACGGUCGGAGGCGCACUGAUGUCGGGCAUGAGGGAGGCGAAGAGGGCCAUGGAGCUGCUCAACCUGCGGGUGCAGCUGAGCAACGGCAUAAGGAAGAGGAAGGCGGACAGGGACCUCGUGGAGGUCCUGCAGUCGGAGGUGCAGCUGCCGCAGGAGAAGCAGCUGUACCGAUGA